GCCAACUCCCUCUUGCCACCCGCCUGAAAAGCGUAACGGAUUUUUAGGACAUGAAUCGCCAUGACCAUUAUUGCCUCCCAUAGUGGCUUACAUCAAUACAAAGGAGAAACAGGCCUUGUCAUUGGACUUAGAAUGUAAAAAGUCAAGACACACAAGGAAAGAGGAGUGGUAAAAAAAGGAAGACAAGGGACAAAGCGAAAUGGAGAAUUCAUCUUCAAGCAUAGAAUCUGAAUACAUCAAGAACCUCCAACAGCAAAUUUACUUCCUUGAACUGGAAGCUAAUUUUCUUCGUGAACAAGCUAAAAAACACACCAAACUGCAACCUCUCAUUGCAUCUGAAACAGAACAAAUGCUGCAUAAGCUACAGGAAUUACAGUCUUAUUCUGAUGGCCUUCAGCUGGAGCUAAAGAGAAAAGAAAGUGGUUUGAACAUACUGAAAACAGAGAGGGAACAACUUAGUAACCAGAUCAACAUGGCUGAUGAGCGUCAUUUAAAAGAGAAACAGGCUUUGGUAGAAGAAAUCAUAGCACCAAAGAGAAAGAAGGAACAAAAUGACAGAGAGAUCUCUGCAAAAGAGGUAGAGAUACUGCGUGCUCAACAGGAACUGGAGCAGCAACAGAUGAACCUGAGUAACACAGAACAUACUAUCCUUGUACUACAAGCAAAGGUUAAGCAACGGUCAGAACAGCAGAAGGCGGUGGAGCUGCAGCUUUCUGAAAAGAGGCAGGAGUUAUUGAAAGUUCAAUCUGCUGUGAAUGAAAUGGAAGAUAAGAUCUUUAAGAAAACAGCAGCGAUGCAAGAACAAAUCACUCACAGACUACGGAAUGAGAUAUCUCUCCUUCAUCAACAAAUGCGUGAGAAAGAGCUACUAGCAGAACAGGAUCGUUUCUUAAGAAGUAAAAUGGUGGAUGAUUAUAGAGCUUUGAACAAGGAAAAUUCUGCACUGCGGUCCAGGCUUUUGGAACUUACCAGGCAAACAAGCAUUGAGAAAGCACUCAAGGAGGAGAGUUAUACAUCACACUCUGCCAGCAUUGCUCAGUUUCUUACUUUGAAAGAUCGUGAAGAACAUCUGCAACAAGAGAUCAAGAGGCACCAAGAACUCCUGAAGCAGGAAAAUAACAUCUUCCAGGAUCUUGAGGAUAAGAUUAGAAUUUUUGAAAAAAGAAACACAUCUUUUAAGUUAAGCAUUGCAACAAUGAGCAGUCAAGUAACUGAAGCUAGAGCCUUGUUGGACAGAGAGGAGCAGGACAAUGUUGAACUAAAAAGAGACAAAGUUCUGCUGGUCGAUCUUGCAUCUAAUCUACAGAACCAGCUCAUUGAUAAAGAAAGCAGUCUUCUACAGACUUCCAAUAAGUUGCUGCAGCUGGAUGAAGCAAUAUCAGCGUUAAAAACAAGGCAUGUGUUACAUCAGUCUCUUGAUUCAGAAAAAUGGGAUACAAUCUCUAAAAUGGCAGAUUCCAUGAAGAAACUCAACAAGUCAAUGACAAAUGUAGUCAAAAUGGGAAAAUAGGAAUCUGGUACUGCAGAUGGGUUUUGAUGUCUUAGAAUUUUGAACACUGAUGAAUUUUAAACAACAUUUAUAUGGUG